GAGGAGCUUCUCGAGCGUGCGAGAUCCAUCUACGAGGGUGAAAUCGACUUCAAAGGUCAAGCCUUCGCCGAAUUCAUCACCCAUGCUCUGCUCUCCCUCGUCGGUGCCAUCGCUUUCCUAGCCGGCUUCAUCGCGCAAGACAUCUACACAACUCUGUACAUCGGGCUGGGAGGCACGGCGCUCACAUUUCUCCUUGUCGCGCCGCCGUGGCCAAUUUUCAACAAACAUCCUCUUCCGUGGCUGCCGUCGACGACGGGACGAAGAGCA